GAUACCUUAGAUAUUAGGAUACAUUAACUCAAGGGAAGUGGGUUUGCCACAAACAAAUAUGCUAAAAUAUAUGCCUAACUAUAUUUAGGUAAAUCACUUGUGAAUGUGGUUUCAUGUGUUCCUCAUGUUUGAGAUAAAAGCGGCUGUGUACCUCUUCCAUGGAGGGGGGGACGAUUCGUUCCUAUAAGGGAGAUGUUUCGUUCGGAAUCGUAAAAGUGAAUCCUGAAGUAUGUUAUUAAACCUUUUGCCGCCUUCUUGUUUGAAAGAUGCGCUUUCUCUCCUCAGGGAUGACUAAGCACUUUGCCUAAAAACCAUUGUAGGCAAAUACAUAAGAUAAAAUUUUGAUAAAUUGUGUACCCUAAGUGUGGCUGUGGAAAUGUUAAGCCAAUUAAAUAUAGCUCGAGGAGAAAUAUAUGCGACUCCACUGGACUGCACAAUAAUUACAACAGGAUGUGAUACUAUGACAACAACUGUGGGGAAAAGGAGAAGGUAUUGGGUUCUUUUUAACCUAGUUCACUUCUUGGAAUUUGCGUUUAAUGUGAUUAUACGCUUAAGUGCUACGACUGAAUAUUUAAAUAGUGCUCCUGGCUUAUAUAUGUAUGUUUGUAUGAUAUUAAACAAAGUGGAGUAUGCAAGUGCAGGAUAUAAAUGAAUAUAACUUUACCUCUUAAAACGAAGACACUAUGGUAGAUUCACUGCAUCAUGAUGGAUACAGGCUUAGAAAG